GCAGCCCGAGAGUAGGAAAUCACCUUCGAGCUACGAGUACUCGUAUGAACUAAGGUACCGAUAGCGUCAGCAUGGGCGCAAAGGGAGCUUUUCAGAAAUAUCUUUCCUCAGCCAGUUGAGCGGGGAAAAGAGCUGUUCAUGUGAAAGUAUUGCGAGUCAGAAAUAUUUUCAGGAACCACGGAAAGCAACCUGGCAACCAUCCGGAGCGCCCAUCUCUAGUGUCACUACAGCUACAGUAAGUUUCCGCGGCAGAAGCAUGUCAGCCAACGUGGGCCGUCUCUGGUGGGACGAUAUCACACAUCACACCCUUUCCUUUUGUUGUUGUUCGAACAACCGUAUCACAAAAUCAGAAUUCACCAUGUCGUACAAGGCCGGUAUUGUAGAAGCCGUCAUGGAGCUCCAGGAUCGCACAGGCUCCAGCAUGAUCAGCAUCAAGAAGUUGAUGCAGGAGAAACUUCCCAAGGACAAGAAAUGGCAGAAUGCAACCUUUCUGGCUGCAUUGAAGAAGGGGGUUGCGGAAGGAGACUUCGUGAAAAACAAAAACUCCUAUAAGCUCUCUCCUGAAUUCAAAAAGAAGGCCGAGAAAAAGGCCAAGGAGGCUGACAAACCAAAGGAGACGAAGAAAAAGGCUCCAGCCAAGAAAGCCAGCACCGCUUCUAAAGCAAAGAAGGAAAAGCCUGCUGCAACCAAAAAGAAAGCAAGUGCCAAGAAGACCACUGCCAAAAAGGAGGCUCCAGCCAAGAAGGAAGCACCUGCCAAGAAAACCGCGGCCAAGAAGACCACCGCCAAGAAGGCCAAACCCGCUGCCACCAAGAAGAAAGCGGCCGCCAAACCCAAGACAUCUGCCAAGAAAAAGACCACCAAGAAAACAACCAAGAAGUAG